GUACGCUCGGCGGACAGCAGCGUCAACGGAACCUGGAGGUCGCGGGCGACAGCGGCAUGGGUCUGAGUCCCGCUGCCCGGCGGGAGGCCGUGGUCGUCCUGCCCAGGACCUCGCGUCCCCAUCGCCCAUCGGGGGAGCCCGGCGCCUAUCCUCCGCUCGGCUCGGGGAGCCCUGGCUCAGGAGGACCAGCGCGGAAGCCGAAGAGGCCUGGCACCAGGGAGCUGGGCGGAAGAGGCGCUCAGGGCUUGCUUAGAGAGAAGCCCGCACAUCAGUUGGACAGCAUACCGAACCAGCAAUUGGAUUUAGCACCCCAGCCUGGGAAGGAGGGCAAGUUAGUACAGCCAGCAGCUGAGGGCAAAGCAAGACCCAGACCUGGAGACCUGAUUGAGAUUUUCCGAGUUGGCUAUGAGCACUGGGCCAUCUAUGUGGAAGAUGACUGUGUGGUCCAUCUGGCUCCCCCGAGUGAGGACUUUGAGGCUGGCAGCAUCACUUCUGUCUUUAGCAAUCGUGCAGUUGUAAAAUAUAGCCGUCUGGAGGAUGUGCUGCAUGGCUGCUCUUGGACGGUCAAUAACAAACUGGAUGGGACAUACCUGCCCCUGCCUGUGGACAGGAUCAUCCAGCGUACAAAGAAGAUGAUCAACAAGAUUGUGCAGUACAGUCUGAUUGAGGGGAACUGCGAGCACUUCGUCAAUAACCUCAGAUAUGGAGUGUCCAGGAGUCAGCAGGUGGAGCAUGCCCUGGUGGAAGGAGUGAAGGCCGCGGGUGCUAUGAUCUCAGCCGUGGUGGACAGCAUGAGGCCCUAACCGCUAACUGCCCGAGGUGCUGAAAGCUCUGAGAAAGGAAGAGCUCCUGAAGAGAACAUGCCCAUGUUUUCCCCUUGCCUUCCCCUUUUGGUCAGUAUACUUAAGAAAAUGGUGAGCUUCUGGAAAAAUCUCGAAUGUAUCAAAUUACUCUUCUGACAAUACAUGUAAUAUAUGAGACCCAUGGACCCACAGGAGUGGAAGAACUGAUUCCUGUUGCAUAUCUCUCAUGCUCCAGAUACCUCUAGGCAUUUCAUAUACUUAACUUACUGCAAGCCAGGAGGAAGCCUGGCUUGUUUCUUAGGCUCUCCAGCCUUGUGCUACAGCUCUGUGCUCCGGGCACAUGACUGUCAGUGUCAGGGCUCUUAGCAGCUCCCAGCUGCCCCAUCAGGGCCUGGCAGCAGAAGCUCUCUGCGAUUCUCCCAGAAGUUCCUACUGCUUCUGUGGGGCUCUCUGCAGGUCUCCACUUGUCUCUGCCAGAUGCCACAAAGUUGUCACUGUCAGUCAACAGCCACGGGUUU